AAUUCGCCUCCGCUGCUAAACCAUAAACCCCUCCUCGGCGCCCCCUCCCCCUCCCACUCGCCUAGGGUUUUAGGGUUUUGCGCGGCCGCACCUCCGCUUCCUCGUCGGCGCGAUGGAGUUCUGGGGUGAAGAAGUGAAGCCAGGAACCAAGGUUUCUUGCAAAGCUGAUGAGGGUUAUGUUAUCCACCUCUCACAGGCUGCAUUGGGGGAAACAAAGAAAGGAAGUGAGAAUGUAGUUGUUUCUGUCAAAGUUGAUGACAAGAAAUUAGUGCUUGGAACUCUGUCAGCUGAGAAGCACCCUCAGAUUAUGUGUGACUUGAUAUUUAACAGUUAUUUUGAGUUAUCGCACAGUUCAAAGACUACUAGUGUCUUCUUGUGUGGUUACAAGUCGCAGAUUCCAGUGUUUGAGGAUGAUUCUGGUGAUGAUGAAAUUAGUUCAGAUGAAGAGCUGGAAACUGAUGAAAUCCCAAUUAAAAAGGAUGAAAUUACCAAAGCUGCUGUUCCUGUGAAGGAUGGUAAAAAUGCCAAACAAGAUGUUGAUGAAGAAAUGUCCAGUGGUGACGACGGUUUCAGUGAUGGUUCAGAUGGUAGUGAAAUGUCCGAGGAUGAGUCCAGUGAUGAGGAAACGUCCAGUGGUGCUGAUCUCAGUGGUGAUUCUGAAGAUGAAAGUGAUGAAUCAGAGGAAGAACAGACUCCUACACCGAAGAAGCCUGACCUAGGUGGCAAGAAAAGAGCAAUUGAAGCUGUGACACCUUCUGGUAAGAAGGCAAAGGUUGAACCAUCUGGUCAGAAAACAGGUGACAAGAAGGGGCAUGUGUCAACUCCUCAUCCCACAAAGCAGGCCAGUAAGACCCCUGCAGACAAAUCUGGCAAGACCCCAGCAACUGACAAGAAGUCAAAGGAGAAGUCCCCCAAAUCUGGUAGCCAUGCCUGCAAGACAUGCAGCAAGACUUUUGGCAGCGAGUCAGCACUGGAGUCUCAUAAGAAGGCAAAGCAUGAAGCCUAGAGUAUUUACAGUCCUGUGGUUGAUAUAGAGGCUGCUGUUUCUCGUUAGUUAACGCUUUACUCAGUCGGCAGUCGCUGGAGUCUUAUUUUUGAAUAUGGGAAACGCCAUUAGAUUUGGUAACAUAGCCAGUAUGCCUUACUUUUGAACAUGGGAAGUGUCAUUAAGUUUGGAACAUGCUCAAUUUUGGUUGUCGCGGGAUGAUGUUUAUGUUUUGAAUGAGCAUGUGAUCUGUCAGAGAUAUUCUUUGUUAUCGUCAGUUUUCACGGUGUAA